CUGAAUCGUCAACAUGGCUACCGGUGUCUGAGCUCUUUCUUAUUUAUCUUACUAAAUUAACAGAACAUUUAAUUAAAGAAUAGUUUUGACAACACAGCCAAUGAAAUAUUACACUCACGCAAAUCGAGCAUUGUUGUAAGUUACUGAUAUAGCAAGGAGAAAUGGCUAGUCCAAGGACCAGGCGAGUGCUGAAAGAAGUGAGAACAAACGAUGGGAACAACAUCUGUUUCGAAUGUGGUGCAUUCAAUCCGCAAUGGGUGAGCGUGACCUAUGGGAUAUGGAUAUGCCUUGAGUGCUCUGGAAAACAUCGUGGCCUUGGAGUUCAUCUCAGCUUUGUUCGCUCUGUCUCCAUGGACAAAUGGAAGGACAUAGAGCUGGAGAAAAUGAAAGCUGGAGGCAACGAGAAAUUCCGGCUCUUUCUGGAGCUGCAGGACGACUACGAUUCCACCUGGAACAUGCAGGAAAAGUACAACAGCAAAGCUGCAGCGUUGUUCAGAGACAAGGUUGCCACUCUUGCAGAUGGAAAGGAUUGGUCCAUUGAAGAUAGCUCUGCUAAAAACUGGACACCACCACAACCGAAGAUGGGAUUGUCUUCCUCACACCGCAGCUCAGCUGGCCCGGGGCAAAACUCUGGCAACCCCUCAGACAAAGCCUUUGAGGACUGGCUGAGUGAUGAUGUCAACUCGUACCAAAGUGGAGGUGGGUAUAGUGGUGGUCAAGAUAAUCGCUAUGUUGGAUUUGGUAAUACAGUCGACCCCCCCAAGAGGGAUGAGGAUUUCCUGAAUAAUGCCAUGUCCUCAAUUUAUACGGGCUGGAGCAGUUUCACAGUUGGUGCGAGCAAAAUUGCAUCUGUUGCUAAGGACAAUACUGUAAAACUUGCCAACCAAGCAACUCUGAAGGCAUCAGAGUUAGGCCAGACAUUAAAUGAGAAUGUUAUCAAACCGACCCAAGAAAAGGUAAAAGAGGGGAAGUUGCUUGACGAAAUGACUGUGAGCCUCUCUGGGUUUGCCUCAAAGAUCCAGGGGGCAGGAGCUAAGGGCUGGAAGGACAUGUCGCAGUAUCUCAGCGGCCAAUCGGAGAACUCCGCCGACGGGUCCGUAGGUGACGGCUACCAGAACAUGGACUCGUCGGUGGGCUACCAGAACAGCGGCGGCGGGGCGGAGCAAGAGGGCUGGGAGACCUUCGGCAGCGGCUCCAAGCCCAAGAAGUCGCCCAGCAGCGACAGCUGGACCGUCGCCGACAACUCGGCCGGCAAGAAGAGCUCCGACAGCUGGGACAACUGGGGCUCGGAGGGCCAGCCGUCCAACAACAAGCACAGCACCGGCGACAGCUGGGAGACCUGGGACACCAACUGGGAGAGCGCCGGCGGCGGCAGCGACAACAAGGCCAAGAAGAGCCCCGCCAAGCCGGUGGAGGAGUCCUGGGACAAUGCCGAAUGGUAGAGUGAACGCCCUGGAGGAGGGCCGUGUCGCCUCUGCUCUGAAGCUCCCAACCUUUCUCUGAUGAAUCUAAAUUGUAUCAGUAGUGUUGUGUAGUUGUUUUGAGCGCAUUUGACGUUUUUCAUCCACAAUUUUGCACCAUCUCAUCAUCGCCUGCUCUCUCUUUGGGGAAAAAAAAAAGUAAGGUUUCAUCCCUGCAAAGACUGUAGGAUCCAUUUGAAGAAAGCUGCUGACUUCAAAGGAAAGGAAGUAAACAAACUAGCAGCAUAAAAGGGGAGGGGUCCUAUCCCUACCUGAUCCACCUGGUUCGACUUAAAAGUCUAUACCCACUGAAAACCCAGAGCCAUACUUGUUCAGUGGAUGUUGUGGACAACUCUUGUGUGCGUGUGUGUGUGUGCGCGCAUGUAUGUGUUGUAUGAUCAUAUGUUUAUUUAUAUAUAGCAUCUGUUUUUUUUGUUUUGUUUUUAACUGAUUUCCUUUCGAGCACCAGAGAUGCAGACGUACGGACCUCAGCUUAUACCCUCCCUUGUGACUGAUCGCAUGCGUAUGCUGCAGAAAAAGAAAAAGAGCCGUUAUCGCUACCACGGUGAUCGUUUGUGACCUCGGCAUUUUAAACACCCAUGUCUAAUGUUAAUUCAAGGCAAUGCGGAGACUCUUUUCCGUGUCGGAUGACUUCUCAGAGUCAAUGUUAAGUGUGUCUCCACUGUCUUUGUACAGUCCCAGCGCGAGUUAUGUCUCAGGGCGAAACUCUGCUGGUGUCAAUGCAACAAGGCUUUCUUCAUGGAGGAGGAAAGUCCUGGCUGGCAUGAUGACCAGUAUUUGCCCUUGGUGAUGUUUUGUGCAGUAGGUGGAGAAGUCCAAUGAGAGAGAUGUUUCAUAUGUGAAAUGCCUUUUUUGCCCAUGCGUUGUUGUCAGCAUCAUCUACUUGCUCCUUGUCUUGGGGGAAAGGAUCUGACUGAUGAAUAUGUUGAAAUAUUUGAAAAAAAACAAACAAACAAAAAACUCACAGAAGGCUUCUUUUGAGGCAGCGUUACCACAGCAUUUGUGGGGGAUCCCUGACGAGAGGGAUUUGUACAUAUUUGUGCAAGCGGAUGGAUUGUGUAUCGCUAACUGCCGUGCUUUUUCUAAAGCAUCACCUGUCGAGCCCAUCCACUCCAAGUGCAGCCUGGCUCUGUGUGUGUCUGAGGUGUCGGUGCAUGUUUUUUUACAGCCAUUAGAUCGGUGUUGUGUGUCUGUCGAAACGCAGGCCGGAGUCAACGUGAUGUGCCCCUUAAUGUUUCCAUUCGUUGAUUCAGGUGUGUAGAUGAGGGGGUAGUAUGCGGUCGUCUGCAUGUUUUUAUCCGUUGCGUGAGACUGACACACCUUCUGGAAAUGCAUGCUUUUUCAAAACAAAACAACAAAAAAAGAGAGAUAUAAUUAAAUAAUGGAAAAAAAAUGGAAUGAAUGUGGAAAAAUAGUGAGACGUAAAAACCUGGUGCAUUGUUUGGAGGAUAUUGAAUACUGAAAUAUUGUGCAAUGCUUGUAUUGUGCAUCCUGUACCUGAGUUGAACUAUUUAAUAUAAAACAGAGCCUUAAAGAGCUGCUGUUGUGAUACUUUGCAAAACAGAUAGCUUGGCUGUGCGUGCGUGCGUGUGUGUUCGUUCGCGUGUGUAUGUGUGUGUGUGCACGUGUGUGAGUACACCUGCCUGAGUGGAUGUAUGUUGCUUAUUUGCCAUGAAUGUUUGGAUGGAGUCUAGAAAUUCUAUAUCUGAAGAAAUUACCAAACUCAGUCAGUUGAUAUGAUGUUUUAAUUUCCUCUCAUUCUCAAUAAUUUAAACAGUGCUGGUUCUUUUAUACUGUAUUUUUUAUUUUCUGAAGUAUAUCACAUAUUUAUAUACAAAUAGUUAAAGGAAAAUAACAUAGAUCAUGGUGAUGUAACCUUAAAGGUCUAUGUCUGGAAAGAUAUCAUUGAAUGCUCUUUAUUUUUCACUCUGUCUUUAACAUGGAAAUCAAAAAUAUUGUUGAUUAACUAAGUUUUUAAUAAACCAGCUGGGGUAUUGUAUGGUUUGUUGUUAACUUCAAACACUUAAUAUUUCUGUAUUCUGGCAAUUCCAAGAUUAUUCGUGUUGUCGUCAUUGUAAAUUUGAUCCAUUUCAACAUCCUAAAACAAAUGCUAUUUUUCAAUGUAAACAUAAUGACAGAAAUAAUUGAGUAGCGCAUUUAAUAUCGUACCUAAGUAGGCCUAUAUGUUUUAUGUUGAAGUAUUUACGUGAUGGUGCCGCUGUGUAUUUGCGUUUUCAUUCAUACUGCCGCCAUCCCCACCACUCCCCUCAAAUAACAAGCACGCUUUCUACGUGGUUAUAAACAAGGUGGAACUGAAAAUACAUGUUUUGGUGUGCAACUUUUCAUUCCUCAAAACCCUGUCUGAAAGUUGUGUUGUGCAAAGCUGGCCAAGAGCCUUUGCAGUGUCAUUGAAGUUCAUAGGUAUGUCUUCUGAGAAAAUAAAGAAAUGUAUAUGAAUUAAA